CCUCGGUAUAUCCUCCAAGCAUCUCUCGGCUUUAUCCCUCUCCCAACUUCCCACCACUUCCACACCCUCCUUCCAUCUUCUUCAUCCGCCAUUGCUGUUCGUUUCUUCCAAAUUCCCUUUCUCCUUCUGUUCUUUCCCCCCCAACAGCUGUCUUCCUUGCUCCUUUGUUUUCCUCGCCCACCGUCGGCCGUUGCAGCCAUGGCGACGGGCUCCGGCGCCGGCAACGCAAUUCGCAACGGCGCCCUUCUCCCCUUUCCCAACUCCAGACUUCUUGCCAUUCCGCCUUCAUCUGCAACCUCUCUUCUCCUCCGGAGGCCAGCUCCUCAGCCGUUCUCGUCCGUUUCCUUCUCUUCUUCUACUUCUUCUUCAGCAGAGCAGCAUCCCCCGCCAUCGCAUCGCGUCUUCCGGCACUCCCGCGUCUCCACCGCGACUGUGGAGUGCGAUCCUUCAGCUCCCGACGACUUCAAUUUCCAGCAGGAGAUAUCUCGACUCAAGGCCCUGCGGUCGAGGCUCGCCAAUUGCGGCGGCAAUCUCAGGGGGAAGCUUCUCGUCCUGCAGAGCGAUUCCCGCGUGAAGCAGUUCUUCGGCUUCAAAUUGGGGAGGUCUAGGGUUUUGGAACUGCUUGAUUUGGACUCCGAGGACUUGUUCUUGCUUAAGAGUUUAGUCGCUGCUGGUCAGGAACAUGUGCUUGGUUUGGAGGCGGUGGAUGGUAAUGCCGAGGCUGGGAGUGGGAGUAAUUCUCUGAAGACUGCUCUGUAUACUCUGGCGGAGAUGAUCGAGAGGUUUGACUUAGGAGGUCCGAAUGGUAAGCGCUCGUUGGAGAAUAACGGCCACGGCGUGCACGUAAGAGAUGAGGAAGUUAGGGACCUGAAACGGCUGUUGAAGAACUUGAGGGAGGUUGAGAAGUUCUAUGAUUGCAUUGGAGGGAUCAUCGGAUACGAGAUAAUGGUGCUGGAGCAACUUGCCCAUUCAACUUGUGAAAAGCAGACUACGAAUUGGUCCCAACAUUUAGAGGACGCCAUGAAUUGCCAGUGUUUGGAAAUUCAUACCCCUAAUGGACUUGACCUUUCUAAAGAUACAGAGUAUGCAUCUCAAGCUGCACUAUGGGGAAUUGAGGGUUUGCCAGACCUAGGAGAAAUUUAUCCCUUGGGUGGCUCAGCGGAUCGUCUAGGUUUGGUAGAUGCUGACACGGGCGAAUGUCUUCCUGCUGCCAUGCUUCCUUAUUGUGGAAGGACAUUAUUGGAAGGCCUGAUUAGAGAUGUUCAGGCUAGAGAGUUCUUGUACUUCAAGAUCUAUGGAAAGCAGAGCAUCACACCUGUCGCUAUUAUGACAAGUUCAGCCAAGAAUAACCAUGAGCGUAUCACUUCUCUCUGUGAAAGACUUAAGUGGUUUGGAAGAGGUCGUUCCAAUUUCCAACUGUUUGAACAGCCUCUUGUUCCUGCUGUUAGUGCUGAAGAUGGGAAGUGGCUGGUUGCUAAACCAUUUUCACCUGUAUCCAAACCUGGUGGCCAUGGUGCGAUUUGGAAACUUGCUUACGAUAAUGGCAUCUUCCAAUGGUUUUACAAUCAUGGAAGAAAAGGCGCCACUGUUCGGCAAGUCAGUAACGUUGUGGCUGCCACAGACUUGACGCUUUUAGCACUGGCUGGGAUGGGCCUACGACAUGGGAAAAAACUGGGAUUCGCAUCUUGCAAGCAAAGCUCGGGAGCUACAGAAGGAAUUAACGUCAUUGUUGAGAGAAUGGAUCUUGAUGGGAAAUGGGCUUAUGGUUUGUCCUGCAUUGAGUACACCGAGUUUGAUAAGUAUGGGAUAUCAAAUACGCCCUUUUCUUCAAACAGAUUGCAGAGUUUCCCCGCGAACACAAAUAUUCUUUAUGUGGAUUUACCAUCCGUGGAGUCGGUAGCAUCAAGCAAUGAUGAAAGAUGCUUACCUGGCAUGGUACUUAAUACAAGGAAACAAAUUGUGUAUGAGGACCAGUGGGGAAAUCGUCACAGCGUCCCUGGUGGUCGCCUAGAAUGCACAAUGCAGAAUAUUGCGGACAAUUUUUUGAAUACGUACUUAUCUAGAUGUUACGAGGUUGCGGAAGAUGAGCUGGAUACAUUCAUUGUCUACAAUGAGCGUAGAAGGGUUACAUCUUCUGCUAAGAAGAAUCGAAAGCAUGCAGAGACUUCUUUGCGCCAGGUUACAGUCUUAUUGACGUUCAGGAACUCUGCUUCUUCCAUUUGUAUAAAUAGAUUCAGGAUCUGUUUGAGUGUUUUGAUUCUUGUGCAGACUCCGGAUGGUGCGUUGCUGGAUACCUUAAGGAAUGCCUAUGAUAUCCUCUCGGAGUGUGAUAUUGAACUUCCACAGGUUGAAGAUGAUGAAAAAUAUGUGAAUUCUAUUCCACCAUUUCUGAUUCUGCUGCAUCCAGCUCUUGGUCCACUUUGGGAGGUCAUGCGACAAAAGGCAGGUUUAAAAAAGGGUCGAUAUCGAAGGGCUCUGAGUUGCAAAUUGAGGUUGCAGAGUUUUUAUGGAGGAAUGUUCAGUCUUAUCCAGAUUGAUGGAAGCUUAAUAGUUAUUGCUGAAAAUGUUAUGGGAUCAACCAGAAUGGAUGAAGAUGGUGAAUCGAUACUACAUUAUGGUCACAGGUGUGGAAGAUGUAGGCUGGAAAACGUACACAUUGUUAACAAAGGGAUUGAUUGGAGUUGUGUAGACAAUGUCUACUGGAAACAUAGUGUACAACGGAUUGAGGAGUUUAAGGUUGUACUUCAUGGAAACUCCGAAUUCGAGGCCUGCAAUGUGACCAUACAGGGAAAUCAUGUUUUUGAAGUUCCAGACGGCCACAAGAUGAAGGUAACCUCUGCCGGAGCUUCAGGUUUAGAAGUGAAGCUCGACCCUAUAGAACCUAACAAGAUUGACAGUGGAAGCUGGUUCUGGAACUACAAGGUGCAAGGCACACAUAUCUUGCUGGACUUGGUCGAGACGAAAUAGACCGAUUUACUCGCAAACCCCAUCCCGUGUGAAUCACAGUUCACUCAAAGGGACUCAGAAGAAGGAUCUUGUCAGCCCUUGCUGCAUUAAUCAAUUUGGUUGUAACCUAAGUUAAACCAUUUGCACACACCAGAUCCUCAUUGUAAAAAAGAACUUAAUUCUACUUAGAAGAGCCUUGUAUUUAACCUUCUACAGCUCACAAUGUAUGAAGCUGUUUGAUGUAGUUAUCCAUCCAAUUCCUGUAUCUUUGUAACAACAGAAAAGAACCAAAAAAGAAAGUUCGUAACAUGUAUAAGAUUACAGCAAAUUCACAGUUUCUCCAUCUAAGAAUCAAGUCAAUUCCCCAUGUUUACAGAAUGCUGCGAAUGAGAGCAGCAUCGAUUCAACAACCUGAGCAAAGCAUCAGCCUUCCGCCGCGCCUUCAACGAUCCGUCGCUCGACAAGCUCUGCAGACAAGGAAUGCUUCUAGGGUUCAUCAGCAGCCUUCUGGCCACUUCUUCACCACCAUCUUUACACAAUCCCAGUAGCAGGGUAAUGGCAUUCUCCUUUCCUUUCGCCGAUCCGAAUCGCAACAGAUCAACAAGCAACGGCACCAGAAUCCUGCUCUUCCUCAUCUGUUCCAACCCUUCACCACAACCCAGAAGCAAUGCCAGAACCGCCAGCGCAUCAUCCGUAAUCCCGGCCUUAUCAUCCAUCAACGCCUCGAUCAACAACGGCACGGCGCCGCCGCCGACAACCCCUGCCUUGUUGGCAUUGUACACCGCCAAAUUGAACAGCGCACUCGCCGCGUCGCGUUUCCCUGCCGUGGUCCCUUCCUUCAGCAAACCCAGCAGCGCCGGAAUCGCCCUCGGCCUGCCGCCGAUGCUCACCUUGUAGCCGUCGAUCAUCGACAGGCUGAAUAUCGCCGCCGCGGCAUUCUCCCUGGCUUCCAUCGUUUUCCCCGUCUCCAACACCGUUAUGAUGCUGUCCACGGCGCCUCCCGACGCCGUUAUCAGGACCUUGUUGUUGUCGUAGAUCGACAAAUUGAGCAGCGCCGUGACGGCGUUCUCCUGGAUUCGCGCGUCGCUGGAUCUCAGUAACGACGUCAGGAACGGAAUCGCCCCUGCCUCCGCGAUCACCCUUCGGUUGUCCAUCCCGGUUUUGGCCAGCAGCCUCAGCUCGUAGGCGGCCUGGUUCUGGAUCUCGGUCGAACCCAUAGCCAGCUUCCCCACCAGAAAUUCCGCCGUCAUUUUCGCUGCUUCGGCUGCCGAUUUCGUGACCGAGAUGUGGUCCACCGCACCAGCAGUGGACGAAGACGACGUCUUCGUCUUGCUGCUGCUGCUGUUGUGGUACGUCUCGGGCUGCUCUGACGACGAGUGAUCGUCGAGCAGCGAAACGUUGUUGUCCUGGCACCAUUGAUGGACCAAACUCUUGAGAGCAUAGUUAGGGAUGAGUGCCAUGUGAAUUAGCCUCUGACCGCUCUUGGGACACGUAUGGUGCCCCGAAUUGAUCCAUCGCGCGAUCGAAUUUCGAUCGUACGUAUGGCCAGAGGCCACGAUCACCGGAUCGAUCAUCAGGUCGAGUGAAAUCGGGCAACGAAACUCGUCGGGAAACUGUGGGGAAGAACAGGAUGAAAGGUC